AUGUCUACACCUACUGUCCCAGUCUAUUUUGAAGAAAGCUGGGCAAUACUGAGCAGUAUUGGUUUGACCAAUGUUUUAUUUGGCUUGAUGGUCAUUGGCAUCACCUCCCUCUCACCGGUCUCACUCGUUCCGAUUGUCGUUUCGGUUGCUGGUUCGUUGGCAAACGGACUCUGUUACUAUGCUUUCUACGCAGACUAUCCCAAGACUGGUACUGUUAUUGCCGCGGCGAUUGCAGACGUGAGCUGGCUGAUCCAAGAAGCGGGGCUAUCCUUCUACAGUUAUCUGAUCCUCACGCGAGUCCUCCAAAAUCGAAGUCGCGUCAUCUUUAUGUGUCUUUUCUGGACAAUAAUGGCUGUCCUCCUUACCAUCCGCAUCUUCAUCCUCGCGAGCCGCGCAAAAGAUAUCCUCGAUGGAAGCACCAACCGCCAAAAUACGAUUGAUCACCUUCACGUCGGCUACUUCAGCUCAAUAGCCCUCGUCGAAUGUAUCAGCGCCUUCUUCCUCUUGAGGAAAUUCGCUUCGGCACGCCGGACUUCGAUAGAAGCUUCUUCAACCUCAGGACUCUUCAGCUACUUGAUGAGGAGCACGGAAAUCAGACUUGCGACAUUAGCGGUCAUUGGCUUCUCUCGAGCCAUAACAUAUUCGUUCCAAACGACGGCUCAGAGCGCUACCACGACCGCUUCUCAACUUGACAGAUUCGUUUAUACGUUGGAGUGCAUGUUUCCAGUAAUGCUAUUCAUCGACAUCCUAGCCUCAAAGCUCGUCGUCACAAACCACAUCCACGAGAGCUCAUCACAAAGUCGCAGCCGCAACCUCAACAAUGCUUCGAGUCGCAAACAGAAUAACGGUCUCUCCGGUAUCUCCAUGUAUCCAAUUUCCCACGUCGAAACUAGAGUCGACGCCCAAGGUGGAAUGUCCAGCUCGCAGGAGCGGAUUUUCCAAAGUACGGUAUCACAGGCUGGGACUCAUAACAGCAACGAGGAAUCCCAGGAGUUCCAACAGAAAGAUGGUGUGAUCACAAAGACGGUGGAGUUUGACUUUCAUGACUCUGCAGCUUGA